AUGUUUGAUUCGCGCUGGAACUCGUACCCCAACCCAGCGGGUAUAACCGGCCCCGACCCGGCGGGUACAGGCCACGGGAUGGCUCCAGAGUCUCGGUUAUGGGGUCGGGUACGGCAGGGACCAGACUUGGGAGGAUACCACGAGCAUACUGAUUACACAGAUAAUCUCGGGCCCAGCUGGUCGUUGGAUGUCUUGGACAACAGGGUUGUCCCGCGAGAAACGGGCCACUUGAAUGAUGGACGAGUCCCGCAAUUAGCAGACGAACAAAAUGACCUCAAACCCGAUCCUGAGGCGGAUGACCCGGUCGGCAAUGCCGUCAGCCCCAUUAUGCCUACGCAUGUCAAUGUGAACCCAACUGCUGUAGAAGUCUAUGAGCUCUUACAGGGGCCACAAGUGUUGGCCAAUGUGAUCCGGCUCAUCAUAGCCCGCAAGGGAAAAGCGUACAUGAAACUGCCCAACAUGGAUUCCUAUGUCAAGAUGCACUUUGCAAACGGUGGUGUGAUCAACAACACACCAUUACACUUAAUCCGAGCGCACGUCCUUGCAAAGCCGGCCAAAUGGCGGGACACCAAUCUACCACGUGGAGUCAUAAGCAACGGCACGCUAUCCACUGAGCAUGCUCAAGGCCUGAACCAAUUCCUUUGUACCAUGGUCAAACACAAACGGACCACCUUGCGCAACAUAUCCCGUGCACAGGUUACAUCUCAAUGGGAGACCAUUGAUCGCCACCUUGAAAUGCUUGCCGCAUUGAGUCCAGUGGAGCUUCAAGCGCGCAUCAACCUCUACAUGCGGAUGGAUGCCAAAUUUUGA